AAUCGGUGUUCUAACAAGAUAAUUCUCGUUGUCCUUUUCAAAAAUGAUAAAUAAAGUAGUUGUUUUUCUUUUCAUGAUAAUAACGGCGACACUGUCCAGUGAUUAUUGUUCAAAUUCCUUUUGUGGAUAUGGAAUAAAACAUAUUGCAUGCAACAAUGAUGGGAAAUUCAGCAAAGCGUGUCCACCGAAUGCCGUUAUUAUCGAUUUCACAGAUGAAUUGAAAGAAUUUGUGUUGAAUACGCAUAAUAGCUAUCGUAAUCAAAUUGCUCUCGGUGGUAUUAAAGGCUAUCAAAAGGCCUCUCGAAUGGCAACACUUGUAUGGGAUGAUGAUCUGGCCCAGUUUGCCGAGUAUAAUGUGCGCACAUGCACUUUUGCCCAUGACUUAUGUCGAAAUACGGGUAAAUAUCGGUAUGCUGGACAAAACUUGGCACUAUCACAAAACAGCAAAGAAUUUGAUAAACCAAAGAAAAUUAUUGAAAGUAUGACUAAAGGUUGGUUUGAUGAAUACAAUGAUGCAAAUAUGGAUGUCAUAAAUAAUUUUAGGACUAUUGGUCGAAUGAUUGGUCACUUUACGCAGUUAGUUCGAGACGAAGCGUACGCAGUUGGAUGCGCAAUAGUUCAAUUUAAAAAACAUGGAUGGUACACAACAAUAUAUGCUUGCGAUUAUUCAUUGACAAAUAUGUUGAAGAAUCCAAUUUAUCAAGGAACCUCAAAUACCGCAUCUCAAUGCCUAACAGGAACGAAUCCGAGAUUUGAAGGACUUUGCAGCAUUAAAGAAAUCUAUGACAAUGAAUUAUUUUACAAAAAUAACUUUUACUAUUUUACAAAUAUGGAAUGAAGAAAAUGAAUAUUGUCAGUGUUCGAAAAUGUAAUCCGUUUAGUUUUCAUCCGAGUCCA